UGGGCCAUCCGAAGUCACUCCUCGUUGAUUGCAGCCUCCACCUGUAUCUCUUGACCAUGUCUCUCAUCCUAGGCCGCUCAGGCACCAGCGCCCGCAGCAUCUCCUCCGUCAGCACCAUGAGCAUGAGCGGGGGCCGACUGCAGAUAGGCGGGGGAGCCCUGUCAUCCAUCUCUGGCGGUUUCUACCAGGGCCGCUCGCCCAGCGUUUAUGGUGGCUCAGGGGGCUUUGGCACCCGCAUCUCCCAGGGCACCAUCGACCUCUCUUAUGGCAACUCGCUCGGCGUUGAUAUCAUGGGGGCUAAUGAGAAAAGCACCAUGCAGAACCUCAACGACCGCCUGGCCACCUAUCUGGAUAAGGUACGCUCUCUGGAGUCUGCCAACAGGAAGUUGGAGUUGCAAAUCAGAGAGUUCUAUGAGAAGAGGUCUUACAUUGCCAGGGACUUCACCGCCUACUUUGUCACCAUCAAUGAACUGCGAGCUCAGAUUGCAAGGAGGUAUGCAGAGAAUCAGAGCAUCAUCCUGCAGAUUGACAAUGCUCAACUGGCGGCGGACGACUUCAAAAUGAAAUAUGAGGUGGAGAUGAACACGCGUGCACUGGUGGAGUCUGAUUUGGCUCGUCUUCGAGGGGUCCGUGACAGCAUGGUUGUUGCCAUUAGUGACCUGAAAAUGCAGAUAGAGAAUCUGAAGGAUGAACUGGCACAACUCAAGCGAAUCCAUGAGGAGGAGAUGAAUGCAGCAAGGUCACAAUUCACUGGUAACAUUAAUGUCGACGUGGACAGCCCGUCGUCUGUGGACCUUUCCAAGAUCAUUCAAGAAGUGAGGGACCAGUAUGAAGCUAUGGCACUGAAGAACAAACAGGAACUGGAAAGAUGGUACCAAGCGAAGAUGGAUUCCCUCCAGUCCGAAAUCAAAAGUUACAGCACAGAUGUAAAAACCUUUUCUUCCCAACUAUCUGAGCUGAAGCGGACAUACCAGAGUUUGGAGAUCACUUAUCAGGGCAUCCUUACAGAGAUCGAAUGCCUCCGUCAGAACCUCGCCGAUACCAAGUCACGAUACAGCAGUCAGAUCAGCCAACUUCAGAUUACCAUCAACCACCUGGAGGAAGAGCUGCAGCGCCUCAAAGUGUCCAUUGAGCAACAGACGACCGAGUACCAACUGCUGCUGGACCUCAAGAUGAGGCUGGAGAGGGAGAUCGCCGAGUACCGUCGUCUGCUGGAUGGAGAAUCAUAUGAGCAGAAAAAGGCUUUGGUCAUCAGCAAGGUGGUGCAGGUGGAAGAGCGCAAGCCCCAUGUCGAGAGGAGAGUGAAGACCAUUGUGGAACAAAUCGUCGACGGAAAGGUGGUGUCCACCAGCGUGGACACUCAGAGUCAAGAUCUGUAAAUGGUUACGCAUACUCCUAAAUGAACCAUUUACUUCUCUCCUUUUGAAAAACACAACAUGAAAAAGAGCUGUGUUUACUUUCAGAUGUUCUCCUUUUCCUCAUAAAUACAUUUAUGCAGCAAAUAAAAGAGAAAUGAGCAGCAACUUGAUCAAUAUUUGGACAAAGAAAGGAAUAUGGUAAUAUUAAAAUCAAAAAAGAUGUACAUCAUGCACAUCACAAGGUGUUGCCUUCGCUAAGUAUGCACAAAAGCCAGUGUUUUGUUUUUAAAAGUAUUGUUUGGAAUAUAGUCUGCACAGAUAAAUAGCUUAAUUUGUCUGAUGGAAAAUUUUUAAUUUUGACAUGAAAACACCACUGGUACAAAAUAAAAGUGUCUUGCUGCAA